AUGCCCUUUGGAAUCCCCAAGGAGUUACACAACAAGAAGGGCGUUAAAUUGGAGGCCACCCGGAGGAGAAUUCUCAUGGACUUCCAGGAGCUUUCAGACGAGUUUUCAUACGAACCAACUGCUGGUGAGGCUGCCACCGCUCCCAGCCAGCCGGGUACCUCUAAUGUCCAGUGGAAUCAACGCCUGCUUGAUGAGUUACGGUUUGCGCAAACCUCGCAUGAAGACUACUUCUCUGGUGAGUACCGCGUCUCUACUUCUUGA